AUGUCUGACCCUCUCAAUGAUGCCCGAGCUUUGAGGGUCACCGAAUUAAUGAAUGAUUUCCGAACAAUACAUAUCAAUAUUGUACAGCUUAGGACAGACCCUGCCCCAGAGGAACAGUUCAGUGAAGGAUAUGUUGUAAUGAACCAAUGCCUUGCUGAUGCGCAAACACUCCUCAAUUCGUCUUUUGAUAUAGCCCAGAUCCAGGGCUCGUCAACCGAGAGCGAAAAUGCGAAAGCAAAUCUCCAGAGGGUGAUCGUCGACGCAAGCGCUCGGCGUUUCCAAGCGCACAAAAUCUAUCUCAGAAUGGCUGCAGCAAGCCGAUGGGUAUUGCGUCGAAAUCAAAUACUUCAAGGACAAAAAAUGAGUGCUCAGCAUGUUAGCGGCUUACGCUCUGCCAGUGAAGCUCUUCACACUGAACUUGUAGCCAUAACUGACAGCGUUGUGGUCAAUGACUUACGAUCGGCUGAUGUCCGUGCCGGCUACUGGCUAGUCGACGAUCCGCCAUUAAGCACCAUUUUAAAUUGGAUUCGCUCGCAACACUACUCCUCCUGA